AAGAAGACAGGCGACCCCCGAGGGCUUCCUUCCUUGUCCCAGGUUGUCACCCCUCCUCUCCUCUCCCCUCCUCUCCUCUCCCCUCCUCUCCUCUAGUCCUUUCACCCUGGUGACUUUUGAAAGCAGUUGAUUGCUGUCACUUGGACUGUGAUCCUGGGCAGAGCCAAGCAGCCUACCCUUAUCUGCUCUAUGCUAAUCUGAGCGCCUGUGGCUUCAUAAAGUAGCAGGCUGCAUUGGAGAGGCUCCCUUUUCCCUGAGCACUGUAGAAGGAGGGGUGGAGUGAGAUCUGACUGUGGAUUAUUAUUACAUCUCUGCAUUCCAACAUGAGAACCAAGACAGAAAAGUCUCCUCUGAAAGCUUUCAUGAAGCAAAGGAGAAUGGGUCUCAAUGACUUCAUCCAGAAGAUCUCCACCAACACCUACACCUGCAAGCAUAAUGAAGUGCUGAAUAUUUCACAACCUACAGAGCCAGAACUGUUAAACGGCAAUCCCUCACCCCCUCCUAGCCCAUCACAACAGAUCAACCUUGGUCCAUCAUCCAAUCCUCAUGCCAAGCCAUCCGACUUCCAGUUUCUGAAAAUCAUCGGGAAGGGCAGCUUCGGAAAAGUGCUCCUGGCAAGGCACACAGCCGAUGAAAAAUUCUACGCGGUUAAAGUUUUACAGAAGAAAGCCAUCCUUAAGAAAAAAGAGGAAAAACACAUAAUGUCAGAACGCAACGUGCUAUUAAAAAACGUCAAGCACCCUUUCCUGGUCGGGCUUCACUUCUCCUUCCAGACGUCCAGCCGAUUAUACUUCAUUUUGGAUUACAUCAAUGGUGGAGAGCUGUUCUACCAUCUACAAAGAGAGCGUUGCUUCCUGGAACCAAGAGCUCGAUUUUAUGCAGCUGAAAUAGCCAGUGCACUGGGAUACCUGCAUUCUCUGAAUAUUGUUUACAGAGACUUGAAGCCUGAGAACAUAUUACUGGAUUCACAGGGUCACAUUAUCCUAACCGAUUUUGGACUUUGCAAGGAAAACAUUGAGCCCAAUGGCACCACUUCUACUUUCUGUGGCACUCCAGAGUAUCUAGCACCAGAGGUUCUUCACAAACAGCCUUACGACAGAACAGUUGACUGGUGGUGCUUAGGAGCAGUACUGUACGAAAUGCUUUAUGGCCUGCCACCGUUUUACAGCCGUAACACAGCUGAGAUGUAUGACAACAUCCUGAAUAAGCCCCUGCAGCUGAAACCAAACAUAACCAACUCGGCCAGGAAUCUUCUGGAGGGCCUACUGCAGAAAGAUCGCACUAAAAGACUCGGUGCCAAGAAUGACUUUAUGGAGAUUAAGAACCACAUCUUUUUCUCUCCAAUUAAUUGGGAUGAUCUCAUCAAUAAGAAGAUUACUCCUCCCUUUAACCCAAAUGUGAGUGGCCCAAGCGAUUUGCAACACUUUGAUCCUGAAUUCACAGAAGAGCCGGUUCCAAAUUCCAUUGGCCAGUCACCCGACAGCAUUCUAAUAACAGCCAGCAUUAAAGAGGCGGCGGAAGCUUUUAUGGGCUUCUCCUACGCUCCACCCAUGGAGUCCUUCCUUUGAGAAAGGCUUCCGUCACCAUGUGAUCACAUUUUCUUAGUCGAGUCACAAAAGUUGCACAUCCUUCAUGACAGCAUCACAGCCUUAAUUUCAACAUGACCAGUUUUUCUGGAUGAACGCACAGUGGAGCUUAGUCAACGAGGGAAAAUAAGUGACUUUAAUACAGGCAUGGCCUUCAGCUGUGAGGGGGCUGGUUUUUAGGAAGAACCAGCUCUGCCAGUGAGACUGCAGAUCCCAGACUUUGUAAGCAGAUUGAGGAGUUUCAGGAAGAGUCUUCGAGGCGGAAGAACAUCUGAAGUUUUAGUCCGAUUUGUUUUCGUUUUUGCGACGUGCCUUUCUAAAUCAGAGGUCCAGAAUAGCUUGAGAACUGUCCGGAUGAGAUGGAAUUUCUUGGCUGGUGGACUCUGCUUUCACAAGUGAACAGUGGUAUGAGUGUGACUUACAAUCGCAGUAGAACUGUGAUGUUCUUCACACCUUAAUGUGACACUAAUUCUGGGGCAUUGUACCUUUUUUCUUCCAUAUGUGGAAGUGAAGUUUAAUGUACAUUUUUUGUUUUGUUUGGAUAGUACUAACUAAGUGUAUUGCCAUGGGCUUGCAAUUACCUUUUUUGGUUUAAAAUGCUUGAAGUAAAGCAUUGCUGCUAUUCAAAGAUUUCUAUUUUUAGAAAUGGGUUUUAUGGACCAAAAUGCCCCACAUUUAGUUAUUUGAAGCUGUAAUAUGUGGUUUAAAUGUACAUUAUUUAUGAUUUAUUUUUGACAUUCCUGACCAUCUUUGUAUAUAUUGUGUAUAUAUACUAGAGCUGUAUAUUUAAACUUAUGGAUGUACUUACAAAAAAUGCCAAUGUACUACAAUAAGAGGAAAUGUACCUUUCUGUGAUCAAACCCAAGGGUUUGCAAUAAAACUUUAAAAUACA